AUGUCACAUGGGUGCUUCUCGAUAGGUGGUUGUGUUUUGUCGGUGCUAUCGCUUACCAUCAUCGAAGGGAAGGAGUUCAUUCCAACGACAAACCUUAUCACUCCCGAAGCUCCCCGUCCGAUGCUGGAACAUAUCAAUGGUACACGGAAUUACCGCAUGCACGGGAAGAAGGGAAAAGACGACAAAACGUGGUUCGAUGGGCGUGAGAUGCGGUACAUCUAUUGCGUCCGUCCGGCCAAGUGUGAACCGAUCAAGCACAAGUCGUGCCUUGGAGCGAACCUGCCAUACUCCUCGUUCAGUCUCGAUCUGACCGAUUCGUACAGCCAGGAGGAAACGCACCACAAGCUGUACCAGUACAAUGCCCUGCGCCAUGUGCCCAAGUGUUGGGCCGUCAUUCAGCCGUUCCUGUGCGCCGUAUUUAUGCCAAAGUGCGAGAAAAUCAACGGCCAGGAGAUGGUGUACCUGCCCUCAUUGGAGAUGUGUAAAAUAACGCUCGAACCGUGCCGCAUCCUGUACAAUACGAGCUACUUUCCGGAGUUUCUCAAGUGCAACGAAACGUUGUACCCGUCCAAAUGCAACAACGAUGUCCGAGAAGAGAUGAAAUUUAAUGCCACCGGACAGUGUUUGAAGCCAUUGGUUGCGGCCGAUCUACCUGCAAACUAUUAUAAGGAUAUCGAUGGAUGUGGCCUACAGUGCAAAGACCCACUGUAUACGGACCACGAGCACCGACAAAUCCAUAAACUAAUCGCUUGGGGGGCCGGCGUAUGCUUGACGUUCAACUUCUUCACGUUGGCCACGUUCGCGAUCGACUGGCAUAAUGCCAACAAGUAUCCGGCGCUGGUUAUUUUUUAUAUAAAUUUUUGCUUCGCCAUUUCUUGCCUGGGAUGGUUGGCACAGUUUACGCCCGGUGGACGAGAGGAUAUUGUGUGUCGCAAGGACGGAACGCUGCGUACUUCGGAACCGAGCGCAGGCGAAAACCUUUCCUGCAUCGUUGUGUUCAUCCUGGUGUACUACUUUCUCAUCGCGGCCAUGGUGUGGUUCGUUAUAUUUACCUACGUUUGGCACAUGAGCUUCAAGGCGAUCGGCAAAAUACAGGACCGGAUUGAUAAGAAGGGAUCCUACUUUCACCUGAUUGCCUGGUCGCUGCCACUGGUGCUCACGAUCACCAUAAUGGCGCUGAGCGAAAUCGAUGGCAACGGUACGGUGGGCAUCUGUUUCGUUGGCUACCUGAAUCACCCGAUCCGGGGCGGGUUUCUGCUGGCCCCUGUUAUCUGUGUCCUGCUGAUUGGCGGUUACUUCUUGGGGCGCGGACUGCUCACCCUGAUCCGGCUGCGGAUAUCGAGUAAGGAAAUCAUUUCGGCCCGUGCCAGUCGAAAGAUUCAUCAGACCAUCGUUCGCAUGGGCAUAUGUACGGCGUUCACGUUCGUGUUUAUUGUGGCGACGGUGUUCUGCCAUGUGCACGAGUUCCGGCACAGUGCGGCCUGGGCGACAGCCCUGCGGAACUAUAUCGUAUGUCAAAUUUCGUCCACGUAUACCGACGACAUCAUGACAGGUAGUUGCCGCAUCGAGCAGCGCCCAAGCGUAGCCAUCCUCCAGCUGCACUUGAUCUGUCUGUUUGCUUCCGGCAUCGUCAUGUCGUCGUGGGUGUGGACCAAUUCGACGCUCGAAUCUUGGGCUCGGUAUUUUCGGAGGCGCUUCGGUACGGACGUCGACGAACCGGUGAAGCUGCAGAAGCAUAAGGUGAUCGCGCAAGCGUUCGCGAAGCGCAAAGAGUUCCAGAACCAGGGCCGCCUGUCGAUUUCCUUUCACAAUUCGCACACCGAUCCGGUGGGGCUAAAGUUUGACAUCAACUCGGCCAUCGGGAGCCACGACUUCAGCUCGACGUGGGCGAACAAUUUGCCACGGUUCGUUAACCGCCGGUGUGCGCUCACCGGAGCGGCUACCAGCUCGAGUCACGAUCCGCGGAAAAACUCCGUUGAUUCCGAGAUAAGCUUUAGCGUGCGGCACGUUUCCGUGGAAUCGCGCCGCAACUCGAUCGACUCACAGGUGUCCGUGAAGAUUGCGGAGGUUAAAACGAAGGUUGCCAGUCGCAGCAGCCGCGGUCCGGUGGUGGUCGGUGCCGGUAAACACCACCAUCAUGCGCACAAAACGCGUCAGAGUCGCCGGCGGCAUGAUUUUGCCUCGGCUGGACGCCGGUACAGUCGCAAGGAAAGCAGCACUUCGGUGGAGUCACAGAUCAUUACGGCCGCGCUGCAGAAAACCGGUUCGGUGGGUGGAAGUGGGCGUCAUUCAGCCUCGACGGCCGCCGGUUCGUUCGGCGGAAAUAUGCAGCGUCGUACCGGCAUCGGAGCAUUGGAUGCCGAUCAGAUAAAUGAUCUGAUUUCGAACGGUAAGCUGUUGUUGCCAUUCCUGCAGGGCCAGGGAUUGACCACGUCCGAGGACGACAAUGUUUCGGUGGGUUCGUUUAAGCUGCAGGACUCGAAGUUCGAUAUCAUUCUCAAACAAAUCGACGGAAUUGGAUCGUCUGGUGCUGGCGUACGUAGUGACAACCCGAUGGGUAACAGUGCCGUAACGGGCACGACUAGUGGAUGCCGCAUCGAAGAGUAUCGAAGCAGCGAUGAUGAUGAUGAUGAUGAUGAUGACGAUGACGACGAUGACGACAGACGGACUGAGAAUGAACCACUGCGCGCUAGAAACGGAACGCUGCGACCGAUCACGUCUGGAAGGGAUGAUUCGGUCUCGGCCCGGGUAGCCGAUGCUGCCUCCGGCGGGGAUGGUAUGCGCAGCAGCAAAGAAGGUGGUCGCGUCAGCAAAGGUAGCAUUACGAAGGGCGGACGCAAUCGAAAGUCGGGUGGAUCAUCACGGCCAGGAACGUUGCGGAAGUCGCAGCAUCAUCAUCACCACCGCAGCAGUGUGCACCGUAAGGAUCGAGAAAAGAAGGAAAAGGCCCGUGAAAGAGAAAAAGAAUUGGAACUUAUUGAACGGACUGGAGGCGGCGGAACGAAUAACCAUAAGUCGUCCGCUUCGAAGGCUUGCGCCACCAACCAAGGUUCGGCCGACAUGGAAAUGUACGAUUUUAAUCAUGACUCCUCGUUUACUUCCUACUGCUCUGAGCUGCUGACACCGUUGAACAUUAACAGCUCAUACUCGGGCGUGUCGCUGGCGAAAACGAACUCGCGCAACUCGAAGCGUAGCUGUGAUGUGGGCAUACAGACGAAUGCACACGAAAUCGCUACCCAGACGAUGUCCUCGUUCGAGUUCAACGAGAAAGCGCUUAAGAACGAGGAAAACGAGGACAUCUAUACCGAGAACCAUCAGCUGCUGCCAAAGCUGGCCCCGGCGGUGAUCGUUGUCGGUGGAGGUGUCGGUCGAAAGCAACGCGACGCCAAUGAUUCGGGCAUGAGCGACGCGGAGAAACUGAAAAUGCUUCUUCUACCCUCGAAAUGAAGGAAAGCGAGCAAAUAUGAAGCAUAAGUUCGAGGCGGUUCGAGCCUUGGGUUCUAGAGCGCCGACACGCCAUGUUUUAGGUUCUAAUGUCAGUACGUCAGGCAGUCAUUAGGUACAACCAAAUAUUUGGUACAUUUAAAGCCAUAAAUAGUGCUCCUAAUGACUGACCAAUAAUCUAUGAAAGUACAGUAGACUCACGAUUAUCCGUGGUAAAGAGGAUGCCAUGGUAUCCAUGGAUCCAGUUUGGCGGAUAACCCGCAAAAUGUUCAAGCAACAGAUCAAAGUACACAAUUGUUCAAAUGAACUUGAUUUUUUUUUCAAAGUAGUAAUCAUCUGAUUCUAAGGAUUUUAGAGAAAUUGUGGAUCCAUUUCCAAUAACAGAUCAUUUCCAAGUAACGAUCGUCUUCGGUCAUACGUGCCUCAUUUAGGGCUUACUAGCCUUUUUCCCUUUGUGUACGUGGAUAGUCUCGUACAGGGCAGGGUCCGGACGAACCCACGCCGUCAAGGUGGUGAACCCCAGCGCUCAUCGGCCGAUUUUCUAACCCCCCUAAACUAAGCCUCAUAUGAUUAAACAUGUCUUUUUCCGAACAUAUUCUUUACACAACCAGCCAUGCAUGCCACUAGUGUGUCACAUUUAAAGCAAGUGCAACGUCCGCGAAUAAUCGAGAGUCUUCUGUAAAUGGUUUCCCUCUCAUUACAUGUGAGAAGUGGUAAGAACCACAAUUAGAACGAAAAUGCCUUCUGUAAUACGGAGAUGUAACAGAGCCGGUAUCAGACAUACAUUUAAGAUCGUUAGAUAACUACGUCCUUCGCAAACCUUUACAGGUGUUUGAAGUGGGACUUUUUAUUAUCUAAACUUGUGUAGCAUUUAAAGGAAGGAGGGAGAAUUUAAAGUGCCUUGAAACAAUGAAGUGCUAAGUUCUUUUUCUCGUAUUUAUGAGGAAAUGUAUGCAGUUAGCACUAUUUCAUCCAUUACGGAGAUUUUUUCUCAUUUUGCAUUUUUUUAACUUGAAUCAUUGAACAAUGGUGAAAAACCGCGUCACAUUAAAAAAAAGAUACUCAACCACCAAUCGAAUCUCAAACAUCAGCAGCAGUUGUAACACAAACUUGGUCAGCAUUUACAUACUAUACGAUAUUUCAGUUUAGACCCACCCGAACAUGAAACGAGAAUCUUUUGCUUAUUACUCAACUCAUCGAAAGACUGAAGGCAGAAUCACAACGAACGAACAAGCCACGGAGUUGUCCACGGUAUUGUAUUGGAUGAGGUACAAAUUUAUAAAUAACGAAAAGAAAAAAAGUGCUUCCAGAUAGAAAAAAAAACAUAAAAGCAAUUGAUCAACGAAAAUGGUUUAAAUAUUUUCCUAUACACACUAUAUACACCGUUAAGCGAGUAGCAAGGGAAUUUUACCCCAACAUUGGAGGAGGUAGUUUCCAUACCAAGUAGUUUUCUGUUUCAUUAUGAAACAAAUGCCAAACGUUCGAUUUUCUAGAUUUAACGAUUAAGCUAAGAAUUGUCUUCAUUUUGUUCAUUUUAACGAUCGUUCUUGUGUUGCCAGCGUCCUUGAAAAAUCUGCCACUUGAACCAGAGAAAUCCUGUAGUCGGUAAGCUUUCAAAAGCCAAGAAAAUAAACGAUCA